AUGGCCCAGCUAGUGAGUGAUUGUAGUAGGCCUAACAAGGUUCUCAAGGACAAGGAUGUUAACUUAGUGGCCAAGCACCUUAAGGAGUACACUGGGGUGGCUGUUAGCCCAACUCAGGACCACCCUAAGGAUGCUAAGUUCCUUAACUGUCCUAUUAGGUUCUACCUAGAGAUGGAGGCCAUAUUUGGUCAUGAAAUGGCCAUUGCCGCUAAGGCUGAUGGGACUGCCUUGAACAAUGGCUAUGAGGAGAAAACCAACACUGAAGUUGGUGAGGGCAGCAAGGCCAUAACGGUGUUGGCCACUUCUAGGGUUGGUGGGAAGAGGAAGAGAGGCACAUUCACUGAGGAUGAGAUGCUCUUGCUCACCAACAUGUUCGAUGUAGUGAACAAUGUGGCUAAUGCUUUUAGGGAAACUGGUCCAGCCCAUGUUGAUGCUAAUCUCUACCUUGCUGUUAUGGAGACUCCUGGCUUUUUUGGGGAGGCUUUCAUUGUGGCCUACACCUACCUAUUGGACAACAAAGCCCAAAGCAGGGACUUUGUUGGCAUGAGUGAUAGCCAUAGGGACAUUUGGCUUAGGAACUACCUAGCCAAGAACUACUACAUGUAG